AUGUUAUGUAAUAUGGAUUUAUGUUUGAUAUGCAUAAUCACAUCAAUACUUUGGUUAUCACUUUGGACGCAAACAAUUCAAGGUUUCACAUCAGAUGAAUCACAUGCGAAAAUAUCAGCCAAUUUGGGCGAUAAUGUGAUGUUCAACUGUGCCUUUGAUUUUCCCGACAAGAUUGAGGUGCCGUAUGUUAUACACUGGCAGAAAAAAGGCGUCAAAAUACCAAUUUAUAUUUGGUACGAUGGAUACCCACCUCAUUUGGGAGAGGGCUAUGAGGGUAGGGUAGCGCUAACCAACCCGACAAAAGAGGCCUCACUUAACUUGUCGAACGUACGCGAGUCCGAUCAGGGCUGGUAUGAGUGCAAAGUGUAUUUCCUUAACCAAGCAAAUGAUCAAUUAAAAAACGGAACAUUUGUUUUACUUGAUGUUCACGCACCGCCACAUUUUGAGUCCAAACCGCCUGAGUUUUCCUAUGUAAGGGUCGGGUCGACUCUAACGCUCAACUGUAUAGCUGUGGGUACGCCUUCACCAACAGUUGUCUGGCAAAAGGACAAUCUUCCAAUUGAAACGAAAACAAACAUAAAGAUUGUGGGAUCAGAGUUGCGUAUUGAGAAUUUGGGCGAAUCAGAUAUCGGUGACUACCAGUGCGUGGCAAAGAACCGUCAGGGGUCGGUAACGGCCAACACCAAAGUCAUAGUAGCCGGUCCUGCAGUCAUAUCGUUACCGCCAAAAAACACAACCAAACUAGAGGGCGACAAAGUGGAGCUCACGUGUGAGGCCAAGGCUUUGCCGGCUAAUGUCACCUAUAGGUGGUUCCACAAAGGCAUUGAAAUAUCGCAGCUGUCGUGGCUCGUGACGAGAACAGUCGUCAAAAAGGACGGAACACUUCUAAUAAACCCGACUUCUGCUGAGGACACGGGAAAGUUUACUUGUGAUGCUUUCAAUGGUAUCGGCGAUCCCGACACCGCCAGUGCUUACCUAACCAUCGAAUACCCGGCACGCGUCACAUACUCGCCUUCAAUGCAAUAUUUGCCAUUUGGGUUGUCGGGUGUCGUGCGAUGUUUCAUACAGGCGUCGCCUCCAUUUCAGUUCGUUACGUGGACUCGUGAUAGACGAGCUUUCGACCCGAUUGAUCACCCGGGCGUCAAAGCACUUACUAACGGGUCGUUACUAUUUGAAAGGGUCACUCAUGAACAUCAGGGCAGAUACCGGUGCACUCCUUAUAAUCUUCACGGAACUGCCGGCACAUCGUCUGUGAUGGAGGUCUUUGUUAGGGAACCUCCAAUAUUUACCAUAAAACCGCCCGAAUUUUACCAGAAGCCAGUGGGAAGUGAUGUUAUAAUGGCCUGCGAUGGCGUCGGUAAUCCAAAACCAAUCAUUACUUGGCGUAAAACUGAUGGUUCAAAGUUGCCAAAGGAUAGGACAUUCAUACGUUCCGGUAAUUUGACGAUAAAGUCCAUCAAAAAGGAAGAUCACGGAAAGUAUGACUGUGUUUUGGACAACAUUAUCGCCACAUUAGUUACAUCAACUACACUACUUGUCGAUAGUACGACACCACACGCACCGACUAAUGUAUCGGUUAAUACCAGUGCCUUUGCAGCAACCGUGACGUGGGUUCCCAAUCACGAUGGCGGACAUCAACAACACUUCAGCAUACGUUAUCGGUUUUCCGAUGAAGACGAGACCGGAUGGAUGACAUUAAGGCCACCGGAAGCUACGUCUGCCUUCACUAUAUAUAACUUGAAACCCGACACUGAAUAUGAUUUUCAAGUUUUUGCCUCUAAUUCAUUGGGUCGGGGAAUGGGCUCUAAUAUAAUAAGAGCCCGAACUAAGAGCUGGGACGGUAAUAAUAGUCAAUACCCAACAGAUGCAUACGGUUCUACAUAUUCUCCUAUACAACCUGCCGAGGAAAAUACAAAAUCAGGCACUACUGAUACAUUAGCUGAACCAACUUUACCAUCGUCAACAACAGCAGCGCCUACCGGUCCAAAGCCUGGACACGUGCGUAAUGUAACGAUUGAGAAGAUGGCUCAGGGAUGGGUGGUUUCGUGGUUACCUCCAUUAGACAAGUCUACACAAGUGGCCUAUUAUACAGUUGAAUAUAAAGAAGGCGAUGAAAAGUGGAUCACUUCCGAAGCCAUUUCCAAAGACACGGCUUACUUGAUUAAAGAUUUACAACAGGGAUCAAAAUAUACUAUACGUGUCAAUGCAUAUAAUAUAUUAGGUAUUGGAGAUAUCGGACAAUCCAUUGAUUACAAAAUUACAGGACCGGAAGGUAUGAGAGGACCGCGUGCUAUAACUGCCGGUAUAGUCGGUAGUGUAUUAUUUUUUGUGGCCGCUAUUAUACUAAGUGUUUGUACCGUUAAAAUAUGUAACAAAAGAAAGAGACGUAAACUAGAAAAAGCAUAUAUGAUGGUCACUUGUCCUGUGAUGGACGGCGUCAAUGGUAGUCAUUCUCACGGCGGAAGUCCCGUUACACUCAAACAAUCAUCUCAGAAUAAUAUUAAAGCUCAUAAUGAUUUAAUAUGUAGUUUAGGGACACCCGGAAGUCUUCUCGAUAUGAGAAAAGCUGAAUAUCAAGUUUGAAAAUCAAUUUAUACAAAUAUUUACGAGAAAAUCUACUUAUAUACACAUUUGCCUCAAUAUACAUCAAAAUUUGUCGACACAUUUGUCUAAUUAAAUGCCAGAAUAUUUGAUAUUCAUUUGUGUGAACAAUGAGUGCUCAUUAAGAUUACAC